AUGAUCACUCACGCUGCCUUCCUGCUUGGCCUACUUGGCGCUCUGCCAAAGGGAUAUGCUGUCCCUAUGCCUCAAAUGGGAGAUUACGGCGAGAACAGCGGUUCUGUUGGCGGCAUCAACCCACCCACCCCGCCCGUGAACAGCCCUACGGGCAACCUCAGAGGCGACUCCAGUCUCCUCGGAGGCAAUGCUCCUCUCCCCAACCCCGACCAGUUCGACUCCGCGAUCGUCAAAGACGUCCAACUCGUCCCGGGCCAGGAAGCAGACGGCAAACUCGGCCUCUACCUCAACUUCGAUGGCGUCGACGUCCCGCAGCCCAUCCGCGGGGAGCUAGGCUCCCCUGAUCCCGGCCCGAGAACGUACGCUUACGAAAAGCUUAACCCCGACCUGUUCGCCCCGCCGGGCACCGACAAGGGCGACGUCAAGAACGCCAUGUGGCCGCUGGGCCUCUCGCAUAACCGGCUCGGAAGCCAGGCCGGGGCCGGCUGGGCGCGGCAGCAGAACACCGCUGUGCUUCCCAUCGCGUCGGAGAUGGCCGGUGUGGAUAUGAAGCUGCAGCCUAACGCUUACCGCGAGCUGCACUGGCACACGUCAGCUGAGUGGGCUCUUGUGCUCAAGGGAUGCUGCCGGAUUGCUGCGAUGAAUGAAGAUGGGAAGAGCUUUAUCGAUGAUGUUUGCGCCGGUGAUGUUUGGUUCUUUCCGCCGGGUGUGCCGCACAGUAUUCAGGCUUUUGACCAAGGUGUUGAGUUCCUCCUCGUUUUCGAUGAGGGAGACUUCAGCGAGGAGAAUACCUUCCUCGCGUCCGAGUUAAUGUUGAGAAACCCUAUUUCUGUUCUCUCAAAGAACUUGAAGGCAGAUGUGUCGGAGUUCGCCAACAUCCCCAAGGAUCAGCUCUAUAUCUUCAACGGUACCCCUCCUCCGAAGGAUAUUCAAGAUCAGAACCAGACUUCCUCUGCCGGCGCUCUCACUGGGGCAGAGUCCUACACUUACCACUGGUCGCAGCAGAAGCCCUUCGAAGUCCCCGGCGGUUCCGUAAAGAUUCUCGACCCUCUCACCUUCCCCAUCGCCAGCAACUUCUCCGCUGCCCUCGUUGUGGUCCAGCCCGGCGCUAUGCGAGAAAUUCACUGGCACACCACUAGUGACGAGUGGAACUACUUCCUCCAGGGAUCCGGCCGUGUCACCGUUUUCCAGGCGCCCGAGGCGUCUCGCACUUUCGACUUUACUGCCGGCGAUGUCGGAUACAUCAAGGUUGGGGACAGCCAUUACAUUGAGAACACUGGCACCGAGGAUGUCAUCUUCCUCGAGGUUCUCCAAGCAACGCGCUUCACCGAUAUCAGUGUUGCCCAGUGGCUGGCUCUGACUCCAAAGCAGGUUGUCAAGGAUACUCUUGGCUUUUCUGAUGAUCUGAUUAACUCUUUGCCGAAGGAGAAGGAGUACAUCAAAGUUGGACCUACCAACAUGACGGCGUUGGCUGGUAGCGCAAAGAACUUCACGGCCUAG